AUGAAGUCUGUUAUCGCUCUGUCCUGCGCCAUACUGGCUUCCCUCAACCUCGCCGUCGCUGUCCCAGCACCCGCCCCGAACAGCAAUGCAGCUGCCGAGGGAGUGUCCGUCUCGGUCUCCUACGACCCAGUCUAUGAUGUCUCCGGAUCCUCUGUGAACACCGUUGCUUGCGGCAGUGUCCUCAGCAGCACAUAUUCCACCUUCGGGCAGCUACCCGGUUUCCCUCACAUAGGUGGUGCCCUCACCGUCUCUGGCAGCGGCAGCCCUAGCUGCGGCAAAUGCUACCAGCUGCACUACACCGGCAAUGGAAUCGACGAGACGAUCACCGUUCUCGGCAUCGACACCGCCCCUGGCGGGUUCAACAUUGGUCUCCAGGCCAUGAAUGAUCUCACCAACGGCCAGGCGGAGCAGCUGGGCCGUGUGCAGGCCACCUAUACCGAGGUUGAUGCUUCUCAGUGCGCCUGA